CAAUCGCGCUGCUGGAUUUGUUACAUUGACGGGGAAAAAACGAAUCAAAAUGCUGGAAGGACAAAACAGCAGAGAUGGCGGUACGGGAUGACAACCACAUUCUGAUUGAUCAGAAGAAGCAAUUAAUGGCGAAAGAAGCCAAUCGAGCUCUUUGACACAGGCUUAGAGGAGGGGAUUACGGCUGCCGCCCAUUCCUGGCCUCUGUUUUGGUAGGAGUGGGCGGAUCCGCGCACAGCCAAUGGGGACGAGCCGCGGCGGCUGCCGGAAGUGACGUUCUGCCGGGCUCGGGAGCGGGAUCGCGUUCGGGACCGGGCCCCCGCCAUGGAGGCCUGGGUGCGCUUCAGCGCCCAGAGCCAGGCCCGGGAGCGCCUCCUCAGGGCCGCCCAGUACGCCUGUGCCUUGGCUGGGGCCGCGCUGAGCCGCUCCGGGAACGGCUUCGGGGGCAGCUCCGGGACCCUGAACCGCCUCCAGCACCUGGAGGCUCAUCUGAGCCUGGGCCGCAAGCUGCUGCGCCUGGGGGGCUCAGCCGAGGCCCUGGCAGGGGCCCAGCGCUCGCUGCACCUACCUGACCCUGUCCUGCGCUUCUGCCUCACCCUGUCCCACCUGAACCGUGCCCUCUUCCUGGCCUGUGACAACAUCUUGUGGGCUGGGAAAACCGGGAUCCUGCCUGGCCUUGCCAUGGACAAGUGGAGCCAGAGGUCCUUCAGGUAUUACCUGUUUGCUCUGGUGGUGAACUUGAGCCGGGAUGCCUACGAGGUCCGGGUGCUGCUGGAGCGUGCGGAGGCAGCCAGAAAGCGUGGGAAGAGCCCAGAAAACAGGCCCCAGCUCCAGGCUGAUGGCAGGAUCCAGCGUCUCCGGCUACAGCUGCAGCUCCAGCUGCAGCUCCUGCUCCAGGUGCUCCGGGACAACCCCCCACUACUGCUGGACCUGCUGCGGAAUGCCUGUGACCUGGUGAUCCCGCUGGAAAAGCUGGGGCUGUGCCGGAGCAGCCCAGGAAUUGUGGGAUUCUGUGGCCUCACCUCCUCCAUGCUCUCCAUCCUCACCAUCCUCCACCCCUGGCUCAAACUGAAACCGUAGUUAUCCCAGGGGCUUCCUUGGGAUGUUUGGGAGUCUUGGGGGCUUAGCCCAGGGGCUGUGACACCUCUGGAGCUGACUGGCUCAUUCCAUUCCCACCAUUCCUGACUCCUUGGAGCCACAAGGUUCCAGCACUGGAUGCAGCGUUGGAUCCCACAGGGGUGUCGGCUCCCAAAAUGCAUUUCUUCCCAUUGAUUUUUCCAGCAAUUUUAGAGGUUCAACAUUCCCCCUUUCUGUCUGGGAAGCACCUUUAACACGGAGCCAACUGAUGGGGAAUAAUUGGGACUGGAAAAUUGCUGGGGGCUUCUCAUGGUUUUUGGGGGGGUGAAGCCGUGGGGUUGGGACGAUUCCAGUGCCAGAUAGUGUAUCCAACCCCAAAUUGUUUGGACAAUUUUCCUGCCUUGUAAGAAAUCUGAGUGCAGGGAAAGGGAAGAAUGGGUGUCAGAAAUAAAUCCAUGGCUUUGGGGGGAAAUUCAGGCAGCAGUUUGCCCUCCUGAACCUUCCAUGAAAACCCAAGGGAAGGAAGUGACUGGAGCAAGUUGCGCCAAGCUGGGGGAAUCACUCCCAGCAUUCCCAUAUGGAUUUCCCUCUGUUGGAGAGCACGGAGGGGAAUCCUGUGUGCUUCCCAGCACAUCCACCUCCCUCCAUCUGCCCAGAGCUGCACAGAUCCACCUCGGCUGCACUUCUCAGAUACCCUGUUCAGUGGUGUUUUUUGGGAAAAAGCAGUGUGGCUGAAUCUCUGUUGAGAUUCCCUGCACCUGAUAUUCCUUGUGCUAAUGCCUCACUGAAUUUCCUUUUUCCCUGGGUUCUGUGACACUGGAUUGUGUGUGGCCCCAACCCAGCUCUGAUGUCUGUUACUAAACCCUGGAUCAAGGGACACACUGGGAGCUGGGAAUUACUUAAUUCCAGAGGCAGAUUGUCCUUGGAUCUGUCCCUGGGAGAGCAGGUACAUCCUCCUGAAGGUUUUUUGGGAGCUCCAUACUGAAACACCGCCCACUCCUGGGCCCAUCUGGGCUGUGCCAAAGGCUUUUUCCUGGGAAAACCAGGCAUUGAAGACUUUGGAGCAGCAUAUAUCCUGGUGGGAAUUGGGAUGGGUGGGAAGGGCUCCAGGGGAUC